AUGGAAGGAGAAAACGAUAGUUUGUUUAAUAUUUUGAGGGAAAAACCUUCCCGUACAGUAUUAAUUUUUGAGGGCAAGGAUGGUUUUUAUUUAUAUGGUGAAGACGCGUUUUUAGCUGCUGAACAAAUUUUUGGAACAGAUAGUUUAAUGGAUUUUACUACACUUGGUAAAUCGGAUUCAUCAAUUUCAAGGUACUUUUUUGUUGCAAACCAGUACGAAAAAGUAAUACAUGAUCUUUUGAUUCGUCUCCAGUACUCAGUCAAGCAUUAUGUUUUUGAAAUGGAAACUACUUGGAAUUUACUUUCUGAAGGUACGCCUACUUAUCCAAAUGAUUUUGAUUAUAUCGUUGGUGAAACUGCUCAAUUAGCUUCUUUAUCUUCAACUAUUUCUGUUAAGCUUACAAAUGCCGGCCAAUUUAAUGAAUUGGUUGAGGUAGCUUUCUGCACGACAAAAGAUUUUUCUAUUUCGACUUUUGUUCUUCCAUAUGAUGUUAACUUUCAAAAUCUCGAGCACAUCAUAAUUAUUUUAGCAGUAAAAGAAGUCUUCCUUUACAAAGAUGACAUGGAUGCCAUACCAAAUAUAUUUAAAAAAUUGGAAUCUGUUUUAUUAAAAAUACAAGUAGAAAUUAAAUUGAUUGAAGACACCGAAAUGCAUGAAGUUGAUGAAGCAAAGAAAAUUAUUACUAACAUGACAUCAAACAUAGAAGAAAGUCAAUUAUCAGAUUCUAUGAUUGUUAAUCUUUAUGUUCUUCUAGGAAAUAUGGAUGUAAUUAGAGAUUUUUCUUAUCGGUCAGGGCUUUUACAAUACAAGAAAUAUUCAUUAUCAAAUUUUGUAGUUCUUGAUUCUGCUGCUAUAGAAGCCCUUGAAUUGUUUAAUAUUGUUACAAAGUCAUAUUCAGCUGCUGAUAAUAAAGGUACCGUUUUUUCACUUUUGAAUCACUGCAGAACUCCUGGAGGAAGUAGAUUAUUAGAAGAAUGGCUUCGUAGACCAUUAAUAAAUGUUUCUGAAAUAAAUAAAAGACAAGAUGUUGUUGAGGCGUUACGUAAUGAGCAUUCAGUUAGAAAUCUACUUUAUGAAGACUUUCUACGCCGUGUUCCUGAUUCUAUUUCCAUAUCUAGGAGAUUAAUUAUAAAGAAAACAUCCUUAAAGGAUUGUGUUGAAAUUUUUCGCUUGGCCUCUAAUUUGAAAAAAUAUAUAGAUUUAUUUGAAGAACUUAUUUCAUCAUCACCGGAUUGUCAAGAUUCAAUAAACUCUGUUUUAUUGAAUCCUUUAAAGGAGAUUGAAGAAAAUAUCAAAGAUUUUGUUGACAUUAUAGGCAAGAUAGUUGAUUUUGAUGCUCUUGCGAAUUUUGGAGAUUAUAGAAUAGUUCCAGAUGUUGAUGAAUCAUUAGGCGAGGUUAAUGUAAUGUUAAAAAAUUUAGAACAAAAAGCAAAGAGAGAAUUUUCUUCAGUUCAAAAUGAAAUCGAUGAUACAACACUUAAAAUUGAAUGCGGAGAGGGAGGUUUUACAAUAAAAAUAAAUCCUUCUGGAGCUGACUUAGUUGCAAAAGCUAAAUACAGAAUUAUAAGAAAUACAAAAGCAACUGGAUGUGUUUUUGUUACGGAUGUUUUGGAUGAAAUCAAUGAGAAAUACAGCAAUUGCUUGAAAAUUUACAAAGAGCGUGAAGCAGCUUAUGUAGGAAAAAUUUUAGAAAAAGCUUGUGAAAACACCGCCACAAUAACAAAUAUGCUUGAUUUUGUUGCACAAAUUGAUGUUUUUGUAUCAUUAGCCGUUUUUGCUACUUCAAGUAUCAAAAAAUUUGUUCGCCCUAACAUCCUAACACAAGAUGAUCCUGAAGGAGAAAGAGUAUUAAAAAUGAAGGAACUCAGACAUCCUGUAGUUGAAUCAUCACCUAAUAUUAAUUAUAUUCCAAAUGACGUCGAAUUGUCAUCUUACGAAGGUGUUUCUCCACGCUUUUUGUUGAUUACCGGAGCAAAUAUGGGAGGAAAAAGUACUUACUUACGUUCUGUCGCAUUGGGUGUUCUUCUUGGACAAAUCGGAUGUCCGGUACCAUGUGAUGAAGCAACAUAUACUAUUUUUGAUGGUAUAUAUACAAGAAUUGGGGCUCGUGAUUAUCAAGAAAAAGGAAUAUCAACAUUCAUGGAUGAGAUGCUUGAUUGUAGGAAUAUAAUUUAUGGAGCAACUCCAAAUUCACUGGUUGUAGUAGAUGAGCUUGGACGCGGUACAAGUACUUUCGAUGGAAUAGGAUUAGCAUAUGCUACAGCAGAAGAAUUGAUUCAAAAAGAAUGUUUUACUUUAUAUGCUACACAUUACUUUGAAUUACUUGAUCUUAAAGAAAAACAUCCAUAUGCGGUGGAAUGCUUACGUGCAGAUUGUGCAUAUACAGAAGAGAACGAACUAAUUUCACUUUUUAAAAUGGUACCGGGAAUAACUCGAAAAUCUUUUGGUCUUGAUGUAGCAAGAACUUUAAAAUUACCUGAAGAUUUCCUGAAACUUGCUUCAUCCUACUAUUCAAAAUUUUCAGUAUUUUGUAAUUCACAAGUGAUAAGCGGAGUAGAAGAAAAAUCUAUGAAGGAUUAA